AUGGUUGAUUCAAAUACUGUUAAUUCCAAGAAUUAUUAUCAUUCAGAAUUACAAAAUAGAUUAUACUUUUCAAGUGAUUCAAAUCAGGAUAUGAAAAUUCCUUAUCCAUGUAGUUGUUGCAAACAAAAUUCUCCUUGCAUAUUUUCACCACGAUGUAUGAAUUUUUGUGCAGACUGUGAUACUUCAGUUAUAAACUAUAAUCUUAAUUUGUCAACAAAUAAUUUUUCUGAUAAUAAUUCCAACCUAUUUUCUCAGUUUACAUCUUUAUCAAAAUCCAAAGAUCCAUUUUCCAGUGUUUUGAAUAAUGAGCAAUAUAAUUUUAUAAAUAAUAAUUCUCUUCGACCUAAAGACUCAUCUCCGGUUAAUUCUUCUCUAACCAUUCUGAAAUGUGAUGAGUUCUCUACGUCUAAACUUAAUAUGGGAAAUUCUAUUGAAUUGUCUAAAAAUCAUCUGACUAUAUUAAAUGAAGGUGAUAGCAGAUGUGGUGAUAUGGAGAUAAUUAAUAAUAAAGGCACUGAAGAAAAUAAUAAUAUUACGAGUUAUUAUCAUAUCAUUCACAAUGAUAAUGCAUAUCACAUGAAUCAGUCUAAUCCGAAUCUUCUUAAACUUUUGUCGAACUGUAAUCAGUUCGUCAGAAAUUCAUCAGUUGAAAUAUUACCAUCUUUGUACUCACCGCUACCUUCAUUAUCAACCGUUAAUACACUACAUACAUUUAACAAUCAUGCUACAAGAUUAGAUUCUUUAAUGCUAGAUAAUACUUCAAAAUAUCUCAAUGAGAAUUGUAUCACUGAAAAUAUGGAAAAAAAUAAUCAAACUAAGAAUGAUGAUAAUAAUGUUAACGAAAGGUCCGAUGAUUAUAUGGAUAGCAAAUCAACUUAUCCGAAUAAAAAUUCCUUGUGGAUGUUUAAUAAUUGCACCAACCCAAAUAACACAGAAGGAUUUGAAGAACCGUUUGAUGUCGGUCACACAAUGCAAGAGGUUAUAAAAUCCUCUAUUUGUAAUUAUCCUUCAAAUAUAUACAAUUCUUCAUUGUCUUUACCAAUAACCUUUCCAUCCUCCCCUUCUGUUUCACUGACUCAUAACUAUGAAUCAUCACAGGUGGAAAAACCUGACAUAAACUUUGUAAAUCAUGCUCAGGUUACCACUAAUCCUUGCAUGAUACAACAUGAAAUGCAGCAUUCAACUUCAACUAACUAUUCAUCAUCGUGUUCUUCUUCAUCAUCAUCAUCAUCGUCUGAGCAUCAGCAGCAACAGCAGUCACAUCAAUGUUUUCCUCAGACUGAUAUUGCUUCAUACGUACCAUCACAAAUUAAUUCGAUAGAAUGCAGUGAUAAACAUCAAUAUAAUUUAGCUGAUACGCCCUGUCCACGUCGCCAGGAACAGCAGUAUCGACAAAAAAAGUUAUUUAUUCACUUGCCAACACCAACAGAAACCGUCAAAUGGAUGCCUAAACAUUUGAUGAUGAUUAAUGCACAACAGAACCACCAAAACCAACGUCAACAGCAACUGACAGACGACCUCUUUGAAAGUGAAUCUCACUCAGUAACCAAUAAGCUUGACAUGAAAUAUACCUCUCAAGCAACCAUAGACAAACAACCUGUGCUUCAUGAAACUCCUCAGUGUGUACAAUGUGGAACAUUUAAUAUUGAAAAUCAACAAUGGAUUUUCGACAGAAUUACUGAACUUUAUUUAUGCAAUGAAUGUAAUCAACAAAUCAACAAUGACAAUAAUAGAAUUAAGUCAACAAGAAAAAUGAAACAUGUACCAAGUAUAAAUGCAUCAGUUGAUAAAGCUAAGCCAUUCUUUGAUCCAUUACUAAAUUAUGGUACACGGAAUAGAAAUCUAUCAGGUUUAGAUCAAGAUAAUGGGAGUUUGUCUUUUCUUAUAUGGAAUGAUGUCAAAUCUUACUCUAAAGAUUCUUCAUUUAUAUUCAAUCCUACGAACAAUUUUAAUGAGAUCGACAAACACUUGCAAAUACAAUCACCUCAAGAGAUUUCAAAUUAUUCUUCAUGGUCACAAUAUACAACGAACGUGAUGAAGGAUGUGGCUGUUACUAGGGAACCAAUCGAUUCAAUACAUAGUGAAGUAAAGAUCUCAAAGUCAUCUAACUCAUUAAAUAUUCCAAACUCUACACGUCGUUCAGGACAAUUUUGUACCAAUUGUAAUACUUCUGCAACGACCCUAUGGCGUCGUAAUACGGAAGGAGAGCCAGUUUGUAAUGCAUGUGGAUUAUAUUAUAAACUUCACAAGAUAAACCGUCCAAUAUCCAUGAAGAAAGAGGGGAUUCAAACUCGAAAGAGAAAACCAAAAAUGAACACAUUAAAAUCUAAUCAGUUAUAUGUACCGAAUUCCUCUCGAGGUUCCGGAAAAUCUAUAAACAAAUUAGUGACGCGUAUGGAUGCUUCUAAACAGGCAAGUUUUUCAUUGAUAAUGGACAUCAGUACAAUAUUAUAUACAGAACUGUAUAUAACAAGAGCUGUUCUUUCUAACCAAUCUCCAUAUAAAACCCGACAUCAUCAUAUUCCUUACCAAGGAACAGAUGUUGAAAGUCACCACUCUAUUCCACCUAGAUUUAUGGCUUUCCCGAAUUUGUUUUAUGAUGAGCAAAGCAUUAAAAAACAAAAUCUAGAUGAAAAUAAAUCGAAUGCAUUGGAUUCGUUAUUUCAUUCUCAUUCAUUAAAUGAAGUUCAUCCAGUGUAUUCUACAACACGUACUCCCCAAUUUCCUCCACCUCCUCAUCCUCCACCUGUCUCAUUAUCUCAUCAUCACCGAAUGAAUAUACACGAAUCCAACUGUUCAGUUAGCGAUAUUCAUUACAAUCAAUAUGGUGACCAAAUUGAAAACACUUCAAUGAUGAUCAAUCGGUUACCAUUAUUGAAUAAAGUAACUGGAGAGAAUUGUAUAAAUUCGUUAUUAAUCUGGUCGAACACGUCGAGAACAAACGAUGAUUCCAUGAAUACUGUAUUAUUAACCAACUUUAUCGAGUUAGACCGUAAUCAUAAUCAGACUAUCAAUGAAGACGAUAAUGAGAAUAGUAAUAAUAAUAAUAAUAGUGAGAAUAGUGAUAAACAUUCCAAUAUCCCGAUUGAUUUUUCAAAUACAGUUAUCGACUUUAUAAAUUCUCAAUAUCAAGAAAUCCAUGAAAAAUCUGAAGCUCCAAAUUUACUACAUUCAAACUUUGAACAGAAAAUGCUGGUGACUGACGAUAUAGUGAGUAAUGAGAAGUCAACAAUCUAUCAUACUAACUCAAGAACUCAAGAACAAUCAGUAAAUUUAAUGAAUCCACUAGAACCAAAUUUUCCAUCUCCAUCAAACUUCAGCCAUUCUUCAGAAAUAUAACGGAAAUACUAUAUGUUUAUAAAAAAAAAAGUUGUUAAUUAACCCCUUUCCAUAAAUGAAACAUAAACCAGUUCAAAAUACCAGGUGGAUCAAACUAUUGCUCGGAUGAAGAAUAAUUUUCCCUCGUUUUUUUUUUCCUCUUAUUUCUGUUGUACAUUUGAAUAGAUUUGUGCAGUUUUGGAGGAAUCAAAUAAAUUUUGUCAACUGAACUCACCAAAUUUAAUCAAUAUGAAGAUAACAUUUGAUUUGAAAUUGCCAAUUAUGUUGUCCUAUGAAAACUCGUUAAUGAAUCAAAGUCUUUUCAUAUACAUUAACAUGAGUUAUCUGUUACAGAAAAGUAUUUAGACAAACAUAAACUACGUAUAAUAUUGAACUAAGUCAGUCAACCAGUUAAACAAUGAACUUGUUAGAACUCUUGUGAUUAUUCUAUUAUUAAUAAUCAAUAAACUUUUACUAUCCUUUUAGUUGUUCAUGUUUGUUUUUAUUCUUUUGGUUAAACUAUUUUCCUUUUUUUUUUCUUUUUGCAAUGACAAGUAAUAAAAUGUAAUCUGUUCUCUAUUAAUCAGUGUUUAAAAUGAACGAUUUGAAUAAUUUCAUAAUAAGGUUUGAAUCUUUAAAUUUAUUCCUUGUUUUGAAAUGUACUAAUCAUGUGUUUAACACCAUUCAAUUUGUGAUUUAUGAGCCUGAGUAUUUGAAUGCAAACUCUGAAAGGUUUAUUACAAAUUUUAAAAGUAAUUUGUAUGAGACAUUCAUAAGUUGAUAACACAUUGAAAAAGUUGAUUAUUAUGAUCUUGAAAUGAGAACAGAUGACAAGGAAUAAAAACAGCUAAAAUUACUAUGACAAAUCUGUCGUCAUUAUCGUUGGUUCUUUUGUGAUCUACUGAUUUGAAUAAAUUUUCUUUAAAU